GACCCAUCUCCACUCUUCGCCAGCGACUCCCAGACAGCACUUCAACAAUCAAUCAAUUCCAACACUCCUCUCCUAUACCCCCUCCCCCCGUCGACUUCUCGAUCGCCCCUCUGUAAGCUACAAAAACAAAAAAAAACAAAAAAAAAUGAUGCGACUUUCGACCUCGGGUGCGGUGCGCGCCGCCCUCACCUCGGCCACCCGUCAGGCCACCACCACCACCCUCAUCUCCCGCGCCGCCGCCUCGACUGCCGCCUCCAGCCACGCCAUCUCCAACCCGACGCUGGCCAACAUCGAGAAGAGGUGGGAGGGCAUGCCCUUGCAGGAGCAGGCUGAGCUGUGGAUGGCCCUGCGGGACCGCAUGAAGGAGGACUGGAACGCCCUGACCCUCCAGGAGAAGAAGGCUGCUUACUGGAUUGCUUUCGGCCCUCACGGACCUCGUGCUCUUCCUCCCCCAGAUGAGGGCAAGAAGGUGGCCCUCGGCGUCUUCAUUGGCGUCUUGGCCAGCCUGGCCAUCUUCAGCGCGAGCCGCCUGUUUGCAAAGCCCGCACCACACACCAUGAAUAAGGAGUGGCAGGAGGCCGCGAACGAGUACCUCAAGGAACAAAAAUCCGACCCCUUCACUGGUAUCGCCUCUCCCGACUACAAGGGCAAGGGACAGGUCCAAUCCCCUCCCUCCAACGCUUAAGCUGCUCUGCAGCAGUAGUCGUCGCGUUCUUGACAUACAACGCGCUCUCCCUUUGUUGUUAGAACAGGCAGAAACAAAAUCAUUUCCUCGUGGGCUAAGUUCCAUGUACACAAAAUAAAACAAAAAAAUGAUAUCUAGACGAAGCAUUGGUCCUGGUUCUGUAUGGGGUUCUGGAUGGCGGCUCACGAGUGGGCGCGAAGAUGUGGUGUACGAGAAAUCUUAAAACUUUUCAUUC